AUUAUAUUAAGUUAUGGUUUAAUAAAUAAAUGCAAAGGCAAUAACUUCAGUUAACAUAUAAAUUAAAAGUUAAGUUAAAUAUAGAACAGAUGCGUACAGAUUAUAAUAAAUGACUCCUAGGUUGUCUAUAAAAUAGUCUUGUCAAUUAUAAUUUGAGCUCAAUAAAACGUGCAAUAUAAGGCCAGGUUAAACUACAAACAGUGACUUGUGAUGUGACUCUGCAGGUCUGUAAGUGCACCCCGAUGGUUGGAAGACAGACGCUCCGUAUGGACAGCGGUAAUUGCUCCGGGGCGGUGGUGGAUGACAGCCCUGCAUCCAGUCCGAGCUCGAGUCCCAGUCCGGACGGUCGUCGUCGGGAGCUCCAGCGGGCCAGGGUGCUCCAGACCGGCGGGCUCGGCGGCAGAGGACGCCCGGCAGCAGCCAACGCAGCGCGGGAGAGGAGCCGAGUGCAAACCCUGAGAACCGCGUUCCUGGAGCUACAAAGGACUUUGCCGUCCGUUCCGCCGGACACCAAGCUGUCCAAACUCGACGUGUUGAUACUGGCCACCACCUAUAUUGCCCAUUUGACUCGAACACUACAAGAAGAAGGUGCGGAGGAUGGAGAGAGCACAAAACAAACAGAGGCGUUACACUCGUUGAAAGGGGACGGCUACCUGCACCCAGUGAAGAAAUGGCCUAUGCGAUCCAGACUGUACGUCGGAGCAACCGGACAGUUCCUCAACACCACAAACACUUCAGAGUCAGAGAAUCAAGGCCCUUCAUCGUCCACCUCCCAGAAAUAGGCUUAAAUCAUUUGUGUGAAGCGGUUUCAUAUUUUGCAUGAGUCCAUGCAGUUUGCUGUGGCGUAAGCCUCAUGAUUGUAGAUCAAUUAGCCUAUCUGAUUUUACUCCCACUAAAGCAAUAGGAAGACAUUGUAAAUUAAUAUAUUACGUGAAUUUUAUUGUAUAGAUUUUGAGAAAGCGUACAUUGUGUUUCUCUGUUGUU